GCCGCCAAACCUCCGCUCGCCCCCAAGCCUGGAGCCGCAGCGGGCUCAGGAGGGACUGCACGGGCUGCAGCAGGACAAGUGACAAGCGGACAUGGAGCUGCAGCAGCCACAUCAGCGUCAGCAGGACAGGCUGCGGAGGACCCCGCCGGGCCUGGCACGGGAGCUUCGGGGGCGAGUGAGGCUCCGGUCGCGGUCGUCACGGUGACCCCAGCCCCGGAACCUGCUGAGAACUCUCAGGACCUGGGCUCCACGUCCAGCUUGGGACCUGGCAUCUCUGGGCCUCGAGGGCAGGCUGCAGACACGCUGAGCUACUUGGACUCAGUGAGCCUCAUGUCGGGGACCUUGGAGUCCCUGGCGGAUGAUGUGAGCUCCAUGGGCUCAGACUCAGAGAUAAACGGGCUGGCCCUGCGCAAGACGGACAAGUAUGGCUUCCUUGGGGGCAGCCAGUAUUCGGGCAGCCUAGAGAGCUCCAUUCCAGUGGAUGUGGCUCGGCAGCGAGAGCUCAAGUGGUUGGAGAUGUUCAGUAACUGGGAUAAAUGGCUGUCACGGCGUUUCCAGAAGGUGAAGCUACGCUGCCGGAAAGGGAUCCCCUCGUCCCUCAGAGCCAAGGCCUGGCAGUACCUGUCUAAUAGUAAGGAACUUCUGGAGCAAAAUCCUGGCAAGUUUGAGGAGCUGGAACGGGCUCCCGGGGAUCCCAAGUGGCUGGAUGUGAUUGAGAAGGACCUGCACCGCCAGUUCCCUUUCCAUGAGAUGUUUGCUGCUCGAGGAGGGCAUGGGCAGCAGGACCUGUACCGCAUCCUGAAGGCCUACACCAUCUACCGGCCUGAUGAGGGCUACUGCCAGGCCCAGGCCCCGGUGGCUGCGGUGCUGCUCAUGCACAUGCCUGCUGAGCAAGCCUUUUGGUGCCUGGUACAGAUCUGUGACAAGUACCUCCCAGGUUACUACAGUGCAGGGCUGGAGGCCAUUCAGCUGGAUGGAGAAAUCUUUUUUGCACUCUUGCGCCGGGCUUCCCCACUGGCACAUCGGCACCUGCGGCGGCAGCGCAUCGACCCCGUGCUCUACAUGACAGAAUGGUUCAUGUGCAUCUUUGCCCGCACCCUGCCCUGGGCCUCAGUGUUGCGUGUCUGGGACAUGUUUUUCUGUGAAGGUGUUAAGAUCAUCUUCCGGGUGGCCCUGGUCUUGCUACGACACACCCUGGGGUCGGUGGAGAAGCUGCGUUCCUGCCAAGGCAUGUAUGAAACUAUGGAGCAGCUGCGAAACCUGCCCCAGCAGUGCAUGCAGGAGGACUUCCUGGUACAUGAGGUAACCAACCUUCCAGUGACAGAGGCCUUGAUUGAGCGGGAGAAUACAGCCCAGCUGAAGAAGUGGCGGGAAACCCGGGGAGAACUGCAGUAUCGGCCCUCACGGCGACUACAUGGGUCCCGGGCUAUUCAUGAAGAGCGGCGGCGGCAGCAGCCACCCUUGGGCCCCUCUUCCAGCCUCCUCAGCCUCCCUGGCCUUAAAAGCCGAAGCUCCCGGGCAGCUGGAGGGACCUUCUCCCCACCCCCUCCUGCCCGCAGAGCCAGUGCAGGCCCUGCCCCAGGGCCUGUGGUCACUGCUGAGGGACUGCACCCAUCUCUGCCCUCACCUACUGGCAACAGCACCCCUCUGGGUUCCAGCAAGGAGGCCCGGCGGCAGGAGAAGGAGCGGCAGAAACAGGAGAAAGAGCGCGCAAAGGAGCGGCAGAAACAGGAGAAAGAAUGGGAGAGGCAAGAGAAAGAACGACAGAAGUGGGAAAAAGAGCAAGAAAAAGAACAGCAGAAGCAGGAGAAGGAGCGGCAGAAGCAGGAGAAGAAGGGUCAAGGCCGGAAGCUUUCCUUGCGGCGAAAGGCAGAUGCGCCCCCAGCCCCCCAUGACGGUGGGGAUAGGUCCUCAGCAGCUGAGGCCCGGCAGGACGCUUACUUCUGACCUCUGCGUGGGGCUGGACUGCAUGGUGACCUCCUCCCUCAGCCAAGAGCAGGCCUGACCCAGGCACUCCCCUGGCAGGUGUCCCUCUUUCUAAGGAAAGUGGCUGAUUCCCCAUCUCCUUGCCAGCUGCUGCUCCCUUCACGGCCAGGACAGCCAGUUCGUGGGGCGGUUGUGACCGACUCUGGAGCCUCCUGCCUCCAGUUAGGCCCAGCAGGGGUCUCUGCUAUUCCUGUCAGUUCCCACUAGGGUCCCCUCCCAGGUGCUGUCCUGAUUGGCCCCUGGUCACCAGGUGACUCUUGGCCAUGGGCAGUUUGCAGAUUCUUACACUCCAGUGGCUCCCCGUAUCCACAGGUGGAGCUGGGUUCCUUUUCCCUCUUUGCCCUUCCGCCGCCCCCCCCCCCUUCUGAGGGCCAAGGCUGUCCUCUGUCCUCGACUUACUUCUGGACAUCUCUGUGUUGUAAUUAUGUAUAGAGGACCAGGCUGGCCCGGGGUGGGGAGCUUGCUCAGUCCUCUGUCUUGGUUCUCCAGUGUUCCUGCACUCCAGUUUAUUUAAGGGGACAUGCACUGAGAUAGGAAAUGUUCCCCCCACCCCCCAGGCCUGGUCUCCUUCCUCCUCCAUCGUGUUCUGUAUUCUCAGGCCGCUUCUGCUUUAUCUCAACAGGAUCCCCACCUUUCAUCUCAUUCCCUUCUAACCCUUAAGCCCCUCCAGGAGUGAAGAGUCUUCUCUUGAGCUCCAGGGUGGAACCCGAUGUUUACAUUUUUUUCUGUCUCAGCCUCAUCCCAUGCUUUGAGGAACCGGAAAAGAACCUGCUGUUGUACCCA